AUGACCGACGAAAUAGUAGCAACCGCUUUUGCCCUCGACUUUAACGGUUGGAAAGAUCUCUCUCUUCCACCUUUCAAAGAACUCGAUUAUACGUUUAACGACUUGCAACGGAUGUUUUUCGAAAUCGUCGAAUUGUGUACUAGUGGAAAACGUCUGAAGUUAAAGGACUUGGUUGUACAGAAUAGCCAGGCAUUAGGUGAAAUUAAAGAAGACAGCGCAUUAGCAGCCUACAAACUCGCCUCAUAUGCCCGCGAGAUGAUUAUUUAUUUAGAAUGCAUAUCCAACCGAGACACUACUAUUGACGAUGCAAUGGCAUCACUAACGUUUAUGAGGGAAUCUGCGGAAGUAGAGGGUAAAUUUCUGGAUAAAAUUAUAAAAAAAUUGGAAGACUUAUCAAAGGAGUUUUAUAGCAUUACAGACGAUUUCGGUAAUAUCCCGGACGACUGGCUGUUCGUUUCCGAGGAAGCGAAUCAGGCAGAAUUUCAGGAUGCAACAAUGCCACAGUGGCUGCUGCAUAGAGUCUCGCAGUUUGUGAAUACGGAAACGCUAAAAACAGCAAUACAAUUCAUCGAUGGAACGGUGGCCCAUGACAAAAACAAUGAGAAAAGAACAGACACAGAUAUCAGGAUGUCUUUUUCCAAGAUUCAAGUAAAACUAUCGCUUCUUCUCCUAUUUUUAGAAGAAUCUUCCCAGUUUUGGCGAAAUCAACAACAAGCUAUUGAUGGUCUAGUUGGUGAAAUGAAUCGCACUCGUGGAACCGAAAUCAUCAAAAUGUCACAAAUUAUAGGGAAAACAAUAAUAGAGAAAUGGACAGAAGCUGAAAAGGGAGGCAAUCAAUACUUUUGUACGAUAAAAGAGCUCCAACCUUUAGUUGUCGCGCAAUCGAAUUCGUAUAGCAAGGGGUGA